AUGCGUAAAAGAAAGACACAUUUAGUAGGGACAUUGAGAACAAUCGGAGGAGGCAUCGUGGCAUUAAAAUGGCGUGACAAGCGAGAUGUGCUUAUGCUUUCUACAAAGCAAUCUGGUCUAAAAACGGUCGCCAAAAGGAACAGAAGAGGUGAGAGCAUAAGUAAACCUGCAAGUAUUGAAGAUUAUAACCUUGGCAAAUCAUCAAUAGAUGAGAGUGACCAGAUGGCUACUUAUGGGUCAGCUUUACGUAGAUGCACGAAAUGGUAUCGGAAACUGAUGUUUGAAAUUAUAUGGGGCAUCAGCUUGGUGAACGCCCAUUUCUUGUAUAAUCAGUAUACCUGUAAAAAGAAACAAACACAGAGUUUCGUGAACGAGUCAUCGGAACGAUAG